AGCACUGGGGGGGAAGCUGGGCAUAGGCUAGACCGGGCGUUCUCGCGUCACUUGCGUUUGGCACAGUGAUGUUGGGGCGAUGUUCAGGGCGAAGGACUUUGGCUUAGAGCGCCCUGAUGAUCUGAUUGACUUCUUGAUCUACGCGAACAUCCGCCUGGUGCGCUUGGAGUUCCUCGUCAGCCUGUUGCACCAGAAGCGGCUUUGGCCGCGGCGCCAGGAGGCGGAGAAGGAGCUCUUUCACGAUGCCAAGGGGAGUGAACGAACCGCACUGGUCGAACCCUUGGAGUGCAAGGGCUUGAAGUGGACGGCCGAUGGCUUUCACAACUGGGCCGGGCGACGAGUGCAGAUCGUCUCAGUGUCACACGUUUGGGAGUCCAAGCAGCAUCCAGACCCCUGGGGUAGCCAGCUGCGACGCCUGGUGGCCCAACUGGAUGAGCUGAAAGCUGUGGAGCUUGGUGAGCACACUGUCCUGUGGGUCUUUGUCGAUUUCAUUUGCUUGCCCCAGUGCUACCGGACGGAAGAGGAGCAGGAGUUCUUCAAAAGGGCUAUGGCGCACAUGCAUGUACUCUAUUCCCAUUCGUACAUUCGACCAAUACGCUUGGAGGACCUCACGCCUGAUUCCGAAAAGCUGGCCUUUGCGCCCGCCUUCAUUGACAUCUACCAUGAGGAGGGCGUGGGCCAGGGCAAAGGACAUUUCGGACCUCAACCAUUCGGCAAGCUGGAACUGAACAUCACGCCAUACAGCAUGAGAGGAUGGUGCAUCGCUGAGAUUCAGUGGAUGAGCACACAACGACUCCUCACAGGCUUUGCGCCCAUGACUCCUCAGAGAUUUCAAGAGCGAGUGGACAAGGGCCAGCAUGGACAGCCUGGUGGCCUGCCUUUGAAGUUCACACACCGAAGCGAUGCAAAGGCGGUCAUGCAGCUGCAGGAACAGGUCUUUCAUCAGCAGGCUGGAAUGAGGUUCUCCCUCGAAGCGAACGACUUCUCCGAGCAAGAAACCUUUUUCCUUGCGGAGGCUUUGCCAUUUUUCGUCAAUCUCAAGUUUAUCGACUUCAACCAUUGCGCGAUUGGAGAAGAGGCUUCUGAAGCCUUGAUCGCAGGCCUGGAAUGCUCCAAGUCCUUGCGAGAUAUUAGCUUCAUGGGCUGCACCAUCAGCGACACUGCUGCCAAGAUCUUGUCACAGGGAUUUAUGGCGGCAUCAGGCUGUUGCCGAGUCAUGUUCAUCCGCAUCUCCAGCUGCGACGUGGGUUGCGAAGGUGCUCGGGCGUUUCGUCAAGCGGCGCAAGCGGGCGCGAUCCGAUGGGAGCCACGAAAGCCGAAGCGCAAGUGGCUGCCAAUGCAUUCCAAUUCGCGAUGCUAUAGUUUCGACCCAAGCUUAGACCCCCUGGUUUUUUGAAAGUUGCAACCCCCUUAUCCAGUCGGGUCUGGAUGUAGAAGCGGUGGACAGAUUGUGGGUGGCUGUUGGCCCCUCCCAAACCCUGCGAGCGCCAAAGAAGGGACAAACUAUGCACAGUUGGACCAACUUAAAAUCAAGCAAAGACUCUUGUAAUUAAGUGCCCGCAAUCUGGCCAGACUGAAGGUCCAUUUCCCCCAUGGAGGGCGGAUGCAGAUGUUACUAGAUGAGCUCAUGAGCUGCGUUUCCAUGCGCUGGAGCCCCAUCACUCGAGUCACAUUUCUCGUUUUCCCGGUCGCCGGCUUCCCGAAUGGGAGAGUCUCCGGCGCCCGAGCCUCCACACCUUGUCGACGGUGAAGGACUUAGGCCUGUGGAGGGCCGAUCUGAAGCAGACCAAUGGCGAAAA